AUGAUGAAAGCCAUCAAGCAAGUUGCCGUCAUUGGUGCAACCGGCGCAUUGGGAGAGGUUCUCAUCCCAGCACUCCUGCAAGCUGAUUUCGAGGUGACAUGCAUCACUCGACCCGGCAGCCAAAAGAGCCUUCCCGCCGGUGUGCACGUAAGAUCCUCCGACUACUCGAAUGUCGAAGCUCUCACACAGGCUCUGGGAGGUCAAGACGCCGUUGUCGAGGCUUUCAAUCCGGCAGCCGCAUCCUAUCAGACCAACAUCCUGCAAGCAGCCUCGGCCACCGGAGUCAGACACAUCAUCACCCCAGACUUCAGUGGCAAUACGUUCCAUCCCAACGCCAAAGAUGCUCUUAUUUUCGGUCCAAAGUUGACAGCUCAGCGUGAACUUGAACGUGUCGUCGCCGAGUCAAACGGGUCGUUGUCAUGGACGGCCAUCAUAACUGGUCCGUGGUACGACUGGACAAUCGAGCGUGGAAUCUUCUGGAUCAACAAAGAACGACGAACCAUCACUCGCUAUGGUUCCGGACACCAGAAAUGCAGCAUCAGUCGUCGGGCACUCAAUGGCGAGGCCUUAGUCGCUGUGUUGUCUAACCCUGAGAGAUACCAGAACAGGGCUGCCUAUUUUGCCAGCCACACUGUAUCGACAAAUCAUCUGAUUGCACUGGUUGAAGAUCUUGGUCUCGAGGGUUGGGAAACUGUUGACGUGCCAUUUGACGGGUUUGCAGACGAGGCUCGUGCUUUGUGGCGGGAGGAUACAGAAAAGGGAGUCGAGGACAGACUCAACUCCAGGGCAUAUGCCGCCCUUUCCACCGUGGCGCUGCUGGAUGGAGAUAAUAACUACGGUUCUAACUUCGAGGACCAAGUUGAGUCCGGAUGGGAUGAAGGCGAGCGCGCGCUGAAGGACAGCCUGAAGAGACUUCUCGCGUAA